AUGGCCCAGUCUUUCCGUCAGCUGCUCGGUGUCCCACCUUCCGCCGCCUCGCCAAGCGACUCCGCCCUCCUUAUCAUCGAUGCUCAGAACGAGUACGCCUCCGGCAAUCUGAGAGUCACCAAUGCCGAAGCUAGCGGUAAAGUCAUCGCUUCUCUGCUUGAAAAGUACCGCGCUGCCAACGGCAAGGUCGUUCAUAUCCUCCACAAGACUCCAGAGGGCGCUCCCAUCUUUACCCCGAACACCCCGUUGGCCGAUGAGUUUGACGCACUGAAGGCCAAGGAUGGCGAGGAAGUAAUCUGGAAAGGCCACCCCGGAUCUUUCGCUGAGACGAAUUUGGAUGAGGUGCUGAAGGGAUGGCGUAUCGAGAAAAUCGUUCUGACUGGAUACAUGGCGCACGUCUGUGUCAGUACCACAGCAAGACAGGCAGCUCAAAGAGGAUACGACGUACUUGUCGUCGAAGAUGGAAUUGGUGACCGUGAUAUCCCAGGCGUGAAGGGGGAAGAGCUCACAAAGGUGACACUUGCGGAGCUGGGAGAUGUCUUCGCUACCGUCGUCAAGAGCGAGGAAAUCAAAUAG